AUGAAGAAGACGACGAGGCCAAGCGGUUGGGGCGCCGUGGGCGUUCUCCAGACCAUCAGUCCAGGGGAUUAUCAUGUCACUGUGGUCGCUACAGAUACCUAUACCACAUUCACGCCUCUCCUUCCUUCCGCCGCAGUGGGAACUGUUUCUGUUCGUUCACUUGUGGAGCCAGUCCGGAAACUAAUAGCUCGUCUUCACGGUCACUUCGUUCAAGGAAAAGCGAUAGAUAUUGUAAUGUCAGAACGGCUUUUGGAGGUAGAAACUACGUCUCCGGAUGGUACAAAGACUAAUCUAUAUAUUCCCUAUGACAAAAUCGUCAUUGCUGUUGGCUCUUCAUCAAGUACGCAUGGCGUUCCUGGACUAGAAAAUUGCUUCCAGCUCAAGACAAUUGGUGACGCCCAGGCCAUGAGACGACGUAUUAUGGACAACUUCGAGGCCGCGAGCCUACCGACCACAACUCCUGAGGAGCGUAAACGUCUGCUUAGUUUCGUCGUCUGCGGAGGUGGACCCACGGGUGUAGAGACGGCUGCUGAAAUCUACGACUUCUGUCAGGAGGAUAUUGCAAAAUAUUUCCCAAAAAUUUGCAGAGAAGAAGUGUCUAUUCAUGUUGUUCAGUCCAGAGAACACAUCUUAAAUACGUAUUCGGAAGCUAUUUCGAAGUUUGCAGAGGAUAAAUUCAAACGAGACCAGGUCGACCUGAUUACGUUGGCUCGUGUCGCGGCCGUCACACCUACCCAUGUACUUUAUACCGUCAAGAACGCGGAAGGCAAGACCGAACAGCAUUCUAUUCCGACAAACUUCGUUCUUUGGUCAACCGGCAUCGCUAUGAACCCAUUCACUGCUCGCGUCUCAAGCCUCCUUCCCAACCAGGUGCACAAGAAAGCCAUAGAAGUGGACGCGCAUCUAAGGGUUAAAGGGGCACCGCUAGGCGAGGUUUACGCAGUUGGAGAUUGCUCGACGAUCGAGACAUCACUUCUGAGCCAUUUCCUCCAGCUGGUUGAAGAGUCAGACAAGGAUAAGAACGGCAAGAUCGACUUUGGAGAAUGGGAGGACAUGGUCGCCAGGAUCAAGAAACGCGUGCCCAUGGCAGAAGAUCACCUCUUCAAAGUGAGAGAACUCUUCCAGCUGUACGACUCCGACGCCGACGACAGCUUAUCACUCAACGAGCUUCUCAAACUGUUGGAAGAAAUCGGCAACCGCAUCACCUCCUUCCCUGCUACGGCCCAAGUUUCUGCACAACAAGGAAAGUACCUGGGCAAGAAGCUCCAUAAGCUUGCCAAAGCCAGUCAAUCCAGGGAACGAGAUCCCGAAGCUGCCGCUACUGGCACGGACAAACGAGCAGCAACGAAUAUGCGUGCCCUUGCUGACGAAGCGGUCUCUGGCCCUUUCAGAUAUCUCCAUCUCGGCAGUUUGGCGUAUAUUGGGAACGCUGCAGUGUUUGAUUUUGGGAAAUAUUCGUUCAUGGGUGGGCUGAUCGCGAUGUACGCUUGGAGAAGCGUGUAUUGGAAUGAGCAAGUCUCCGCGAGAACCAGAGCGUUGUUGAUGAUAGAUUGGAUCGUCCGAGGAAUCUGGGGACGCGACUUAUCACGGAUUUAG